AUGAAACGCAGUUACGACUAUAGCUUUGUAACCGACACAAACGACAUCACUACCAAUGCCCACUCUUUUACAGAGCAGACCGCGACGCCGGCGACGCAACCCUCUAUAGGAGACAACAUAGCUCUGAAAUACGAACCCUACUCUAGUCCUGGAGCAGGUACUCCUUCCCCAGCGUUUCGUCUGCCUCUUCUCGGGGAAACUGUCGGGUUCGACUUCGACUUCCAGCCCAACGUAGCGCAGUCUAGCUUCCCCACCUUCAACUCCUGGAUUCAGAGAGAUGAUUCAGGCAGAUCUAAAUCUAGGCUUACUGGUUUGGGUAUUCGUUACGAAGGACCUCUUUACGCAACUCCCAUUGGUGCAGUGUUUUCCCCCGUCAUACCUGCAGUCAACUUCACUCCAUUGCCGGGCUCGCUGUCGGACUACAUCUCAGAUGGCUCCAACUAUCUCUCGCUAAGGGAUAUCUGUCACAUUGGUUCCUCCCCCAUUCUCGAACCUCCCGAGUCCGUCGAGAAAGACGACCGCAGCAGCAAUGCGAACCGGAAGGAUCCUGCUUACCCUCUAGCAGACAGCUACGAAGGAGCAGCCUACUCUGAUUGUCCCACAUUCGAGUUCAGAGCCCAUUCCCCCUUCGCCUCGUCUUCUCUGCCUUCUCUGUCCUUCUGUAGCUCUGAAGGAAACCUGAGCGACAAUUCUCACACGAGCUCCAUCAAGAAUCAGAUGACGGACAUACUUGAUUCUCUGUCUUCUCCUCCCCUUUACGGGGACGCACGCUGUUCCGAAGAACCAAUCGUGGGCCUGUUUGCGGACGUGAACAUGCUAGAGCUUGCUGCCAGGGAUCAAGGUCCUGUACUAGGUGUCAACCCUGCCGAUAUCAUGGGGCCUAGCGCGUACAUCAAGGCGGAAGACGUGAAUUCUCCACAGCUCUCCGACAUGGCAGAUUUAUGCUAUCCGCCGUCCCCGAGCCCAGAACUUCCCACCAAUCGUUCGGGGGAAGUCGUGGCUAAGGCAGAAUUUCCCGACGAGCUCAUCAGCGCUAUAGUGUCCGUUUUGUCUGCUACGAAGCAAGAAGACCGUCGUGGGAGCGCCGUCGGACAGAGUUUAUCUCCCGGUAAUCUGAUGGCGACAAACAUGACAGCGAACGUAUUCACACCCCAUGCAGCCGGACUAGAGGUUGCAGCGCCGCCCAUAUGCUUCGUACCACCCAAUCCCCCGACUCUUUGUCAACCCCACCACGUGCCGCUUGCAGAUAUCUAUAUACCCCAGGCUCAGGCGCCCCGGCCCAAGCCGCAACUCCAAAGCCCUGUUCUGAAUGCUCAUCAAGGUAUUGAGCUCGAAGACCUGCGCCGCCGUGCGGACGAGUAUCGCCGCGAAAACCCCGGUUUCGAACUAGACAAGACCUGGUUACAAGUCUACGCAGGACGACUUUCACAACGCGGGGAGUUCAUUGAGGACUAUCGGUGUUACGUGAUCGGCUGCGCGCAGAGGAACAAGCGACGGGACCAUAUCCUUGUACAUGUGGGCUCGCAUGUCGAACAUCGUCCGUUCCAUUGUGGGAUCUGUGGUAUGCGCUUCCUCCGCAAGAACGAGUGCAAACGUCACGAGGGCAGUCACGCCGGAAACAAGCCGUUCUCGUGCCCAAUCUGUGCGCCCGUCCAGGAGAAGAGCUUCGUGCGGCAGGACCUACUGAAGAGGCACAUGCGUAUAACACAUGGAGUGCAGCCUGCACAGAAGAGGGCCAGAAUUGCCGUCGAUGAAGAUUAUUGGCCGUAG